UAUCUUUUUUUCAUUAACAUUAUAUAUGAUUUCCUCUUCUCAUUCCAGGAAAGAGCUGCGGUAAAAAUGGUCAUGAUUCAAGAUAGCAACAUCCCAUCAGCUGCUGAAAAACCUCUGAGGAUCUCAGGUGAUCCCCAAAAAUGUCAGAGGGCCAAAGAAAUGGUACUAGACCUGCUUGCUGAAAAGGAAAUGGAAAACAUGAGUAAAGGAUUCAAUGACUAUGGUUCAUUUAGUGGUGGUGGUGGUGGUGGUCCCCCAAUGGAGAUUCCAGUGCCAAGAACAGCAGUGGGAAUUGUUAUUGGUAAAAAUGGAGACAUGAUUAAAAAGAUUCAACAAGAAAGUGGUGCCAAGGUUCAGUUUAAGGCUGAUGAUGGAAGCAGUCCAGAGAGAGUGUGUGCCAUUACCGGAGCCCCAGACAAAGUCCAGACAGCUGCCUCCAUGAUCCAGGACCUUCUCAAUGAUUAUAAUCAGAGAGAAGGAGGAAUGGGUCGUGGUUUUGGUGGUGGUCGGGGUCGUGGUGGCCCCGGUAGAGGGAGGGGUGGAUUUGGAGGGGGACCUGGCAGGGGCAUGGGUCGAGGAGAUGGAUUCGGGGGAGGAUACCAGGACGAAACCCAGUUUGCUGUACCCGCAGACAAGUGUGGCUUGGUCAUUGGAAAAGGUGGUGAAACCAUCCGUCAGAUAAACCAACAGUCUGGGGCACAUGUAGAGUUGCAGAAACAUCCCGGGCCUAACCCCAAUGAGAAGUUGUUUAACAUCAGAGGAACUCCUGAUCAGAUUCAGCAUGCCAUUCAGAUGAUCAGUGAGAAGGCUGGAAUACCUUAUGUAAGUCGGUGAAGAUUGUACAGAGUU